AGCUUUAUAUGCUGUGCCAGAAACUGUGCCAAUCACUGCCAGCCUGAGCGACCCUGCCAGCCUCACCGAGCGCCAGCCUGAGCGACCCUGCCAGCCUCACCGAGCCUCAGCCUCCGCUGCCAGCCUCACCGAGCCCCAGCCUCCGCUGCCAGCCUCACCGAGCCCCAGCGUCUCCUACUCCGGACUCCCAUUGUCUUCAGAACACUAAAGCAGAGAACUAUCCCGGACAGAUUCGGGAUGGCUUUACCAUCAGUGUUUUCUCACGUGGCCCCUUUAAUUUGGGAACCAGAAGGACAUGCCGCGCGUACAAGGACGAUCGGCUCCUGUGGCAUCAGAUGUAACACUCGGCGCAGUGUUCAGCUGAGCAGCAAGAAGAUGAAGCGUUCAGUCCACCAGUGACUGAGAAUCAGUGUAUAGAGAGAAUGGAGUGUGGACGUCCAGGCAUGGAGCUUCCUCCGCAGACGGAAAUGGUGGACAUGUGUGAAAAACCCAACGGAACGAUGGGAAUGGAGACGCCGGAGCCGAGUUACCCUGGAGCCGAACCCCAAGAGCUGGAAGAGUUCCUGCCGCACCCCCCCGGAAAAGAGAAACCCCGAUUCACAGAUUUUGAGGGGAAGACGUCGUUCGGCAUGUCCGUCUUCAACCUGAGUAACGCCAUCAUGGGCAGCGGCAUCCUGGGAUUGGCAUAUGCGAUGGCGAACACAGGCGUUCUCCUCUUCUUGUUCCUCCUCACGGCUGUGGCUCUGCUGUCCACCUAUUCCAUCCACCUGCUGCUGAAGUCCUCCGGCAUUGUGGGGAUACGAGCCUACGAGCAGUUGGGGUACAAAGCCUUCGGGACCCCAGGAAAGUUGGCCGCUGCCAUUGCCAUAACACUGCAGAACAUUGGAGCCAUGUCCAGCUACCUGUACAUCGUGAAAUCAGAGCUGCCGCUGGUCAUCCAGACGUUCCUCAACCUCCGCGAGAAAACCACGGACUGGUACAUGGAGGGGAAUUAUCUGGUUGUUAUAGUGUCAAUCUCCAUCAUCCUGCCUCUGGCAUUAAUGAAGCAGCUGGGUUACCUCGGCUAUACCAGCGGCUUCUCCCUCAGCUGCAUGGUCUUCUUCUUGUGUUCUGUCAUAUAUAAAAAGUUCCAGCUUCCAUGUCCGCUGGCCUGGGACAGCAUGAACCACACAGUGUCGGCAAACAUGAGCCUGAUGGCCGGUGACUACACCUAUCAGAACAGCCACACAGAUGCAGCAGAGCCGGACAGUGGAGAAUGCUCGGCCAAGAUGUUCACACUGAACUCACAGACGGCGUACACCAUUCCCAUUAUGGCUUUUGCAUUUGUGUGUCACCCUGAGGUGCUUCCCAUAUACACAGAGCUGAAGGACCCGUCCAAGAAGAAGAUGCAGCAAGUGUCCAAUAUCUCCAUCGUCGUCAUGUAUUGCAUGUAUUUCCUGGCCGCUCUGUUCGGAUACCUCACCUUCUAUGACCACGUGGAGUCCGAGCUCCUGCACACUUACAGCUACGUGGAUCCAUUUGACAUCCUGAUUCUGUGUGUACGAGUGGCCGUCCUCACCGCCGUCACCCUCACUGUGCCCAUUGUGUUAUUCCCGGUCCGCCGUGCCAUUCAACACAUGCUCUUCCAGCACAAGGAGUUCAGCUGGAUCCGGCACACCAUCAUUGCCGUGGUGCUGCUCACGCUCAUUAACCUGCUGGUUAUCUUUGCCCCCUCCAUACUGGGAAUAUUUGGCAUCAUUGGUGCCACCUCUGCCCCGUGUCUGAUCUUUAUCUUCCCUGCCAUCUUUUACAUUCGCAUCAUGCCCAAAGACAAGGAGCCGAUGAAAUCACCACCCAAGAUCCUGGCUGCCUGCUUUGCCGGCCUCGGGGUUCUCUUCAUGAUCAUGAGUCUCAGUUUCAUCAUCAUCGACUGGACAAGUGGGAGCAGCAAAAGCAGCGGAAGCCACUAACCCCUCUCUGUAGACCACCCCGACAUCCCACACCCCUCAUCACCCCAGGAGAUAAACAGUGCACAAUCAUGACGUUGCUGGACAUCUGACAGGACAGGAAGCUUCCGUUUUUUAGUAUUUAUGGCCCUGGGAGGGGGUUCUGGUGUCCAUGACGAGGAAGGACAUCAUAUUGUCCCCGCUCCUGCACCCAAGCAGGUUGGGAGGGAAAUGUUCACAACACAGAAGCAGCACAUCCAUCUAGUAUCUGAUAUCAGCAUUAGGGAGGGACAUUCUCCAGGGUUUGUAGGUCCGUCUCCUCUGUCCACCUCAUAUCCCACACUUCAUGUACCCUUGGUUGAUGGUGAUAUAGGGUUGGCCAUGUUAUCACUCAGUCCUAGCAUUCUUCUUUGGGCAGCAAUGCUUGAGAUGGGGGCAUUUGACUAUGGGUUUCUGGUGGUCUAUAAUUCCCUCUGCAUUGGGGGGGGACUCACAAUAUAGGAGAGGGGAUUGUACAAGACCUGGGAUGAUGGAUGUCACACAUAAUCGGGAGAAUCACACAACUUCAUCACCCAGACACUCACAGCAAAAAUACACAGGGCCUGAUUUAUGGCAGGUGAAUGGAGCCCAGUGCAAGGGUCAAGUGAACGAAAGUCUCCAUGAAUUGCCUUUUAGUCAUGUGGAGGGGGGCGGGGGGUCUUAUAUGGAAAGGGCAUAAUAUGAAGGAAGCUGAGAGGAAAUCCAUCUCAAGACGUCCUGCAGAGGUGGGUGAGCACCACGGAUGGGGCUGAAAGGGGUGCUGCUGGUAGACAAUAGAUGGCAUGUAUGAAAUCCAGUCACGUCUGUGGUUGCUGACAGCCUCGCUGGGACUUCUGUGCCUCGUACUUGGACAGUCUAUGAUCCGCCCCUCAGCAGAACAAUCGGAAACUAUUUUAUAUUCUGUACAAGUGGAAGGAGAACAGGGGCCGCCUAACAGGAGCCAAACAUGUGCCAGUCUGAGAGCCAAAAUCCAGAAACCCCUUCAGUGCCUGAUGGGUGAGGGGUAACAUGCAAAAAUCUAGUGCAGCCUCAGGGUCCUGCAGAAUGGGGAGAGGAUGACUGUAGGACAGGAGAAUACAAUCUAUUGCUCCCUGUUAUCAGCCAUUUCAGGGAGAGGAUGACUGUAGGACAGGAGAAUACAGUCUAUUGCCCCCUGUUAUCAGCCAUUUCAGAGGA